AUGUUGAACAGCAACGAUUCUCUGGGUAACUCUAACCUACAAAGUAACUACGAUCCAUUUAUCUCUGGCUUAAUCUACAACACGUCUGAUCAGGAAUCAAUACUCAAAGACUAUUUUGACGACUCUUUUCUUGGAACACAUAGAAUCGCUGACCCCGAACCGUCCGAACACGAGAAAGAAUAUGGAUUGUUCAGUUCAGAAGAUUCACUGUUUGCCGAUAUGGGAAAGGACUGUUUAAGCGGAUAUUACCCGAACAACUCUUACUUUGACCAUUUCAAUUUUGCGACCACAAGCGGCAUUGAUCCGAUUGCUGAACUGGAAAUGGCAGCAGACACUGGACAUCAGUUUCCAAUGGCACGACAGUCGGAUAUCAAUGAGAUGCUCACGAUUGCGCCAAAUAAUGGGAAGAUGCAGCCGCAAACUAUGGUAUCGCCAUCGGAAACGGAGGUUUCAGAACCAUCAUGGGGUGGUUCGGAGCCGAUUUCUGAUUUUGGAAUGCCACCUGAACCUCGUUACACACCGAAAGAGGUCCAGCAACGGUUCACUGCAUUCAUUGAUGAACUACCCCCACCGAAAUCUGUUUCUGAGAUGAUUCCCGAGCCAGUUCAGCCAGCUCAAUCAGCUCCAACUGUUGUUAGACACGUUCCGCCGGUAGGAAUUGCCAGAAGCAUUGCGCCCGCCGUCCACAAAGUUGUUACUCAAACACGUCCUUCUGCAGUUCAAUAUAUAACUGCUGUACCGUCAACUUGUGGACAGCCAAAUAGUGGAAAACCAGUCCUAAAAAGACAAGGAUUGUCAUUUGACCAACAACGUGAGCUUAUCCGAGCUAGAGCUGCAAAAAUGGGAUUACCGCUUCAAAAUGACAGUCAAACUCAAAACUCACCAAAGAGACCGUUGGUUCUUCCUGUAAAAGUUAAAGGGUAUGGCGUUCCCGAUACGGAGAACCACCCGCGCUACCCAAAGAAAAGAAAAGCGGAAUGGUUUGAUGAAAAAUUGGAUUUGGAUGAGGGACCGGCAUGUGGCAAAAUUCUCAUGGAACAGCAGAAAUGUCUCGAGAAGAAACUUAAGUACAUUGAGAAUGAAAGGAAAGCAAUGACUCGCGAUAUUCAAUCCAACCGAGUCAAAUGCAAGUUUUGCGAGACAGCGUUCGCCAAUCAAUUGACCAUUGAGUUCCACGAAUGUGAGCGACACCCGGAGCUUUUUGCAUAUGAAUGUCUCCUUUGCGAAGACAAAAUGUAUUUUGGAACCGUUGAUAUUAUGAGCAAGCAUCUUGUCGCGGUUCACAACGUCGACCAAAUGCCAUUGAAUAUGAAUCCCGUGUUUGGAGCCGGCACCGGUAAGGCAGACGACCCGAAAAAUCGCCGUAUGUGGAACCGUGUAGUUUCCGGAUUGAUCUAUGGAUUCCUAAAAGAUCAACUCAAGGAGAAAGGACUGCUUCCUCAUGUAUUGGAAGAAAGAAAUAUGGAGAUCAAGAAAUUGGCACGAACCAUCUUCCACCCAACUCUUUCUGUAAGAAAUAAACCCGGAAAGAAAUAUCCCAUGCCACCGGACGGUGACACUGCUCCAGUAAGCACGAAUGAGAGCAGCCACGUUGAAAUCGAUUCGACUAUACACGAUCCUAUCCUUAAAAUGAGUUUGGAAGAAUCAGACGCGAUGUUCGAACUGAUUACGAAACGAUUCAUCUACGGAACCAACACUAAACGUCAUUAUAUCAACGCGAGUCUGCAAAACAAAAUCAGUUUUGCUUUGCCGCUGGAGCCAGAUAUGCCUGUUCUUCAAAAGUAUUCAACAAGUGUUUCACAACCACCAGCCCCAGUACCAAUUCAUCAAGUCAGAUCGGAGCCUCAUGUCGUGCAUUCUUCUGUACCUCGAUUUGUGCGUGUCGUUCCAAAGCACUCUUCGGCUGGCGGUGCUAUUUCUUCUGGAAGACAUAAGGCUCCAUUAUCAUUCCCAACGAUGGAAAUGUCCUACCCAGUAUCUCGUACUCUUCCGGAAAUUCCGAAGUCUGGACCGCUCAUUCUUGAAGACACAUAUCGUCCAGAAGCCAGAAUCCAUCCAAAUGGUGUCAUUCCAUACCGUCCAUAUCGUCCAUCCACUAUUCCACCCAGCACCAUCUCAACAAAUCCAAUGCCAAUUCGUUCAGUUCGUCCGUUCCCGAAAUUCGUCGGGCGCCCCGUCACGAACCUUCCAUUUCGUGUGGUCCGAACUGGUCAAGGGCACAUUGUUACCAAUGGUCCUGGUGGGAAAAUUCUAGCUGCUCGAACCGCUGCUCUUCAAGCUUUUCCUCCUAUUCGGCAGCUCCCAGAUGGGCCAGUCAAUGCUAUGUCAGCUCGUCCAGUCCAGCGGCGUCUAGUCAGACCAGUGGAGAUGCCGCCAAUCGUUUAUAAUAACACCUCCGCCCAUGUUGACCAUGAUUAUUCUUCCAAGAACCAGUAA